AUGCCCACAAAGCUACUGAGGCCAGCAAACUGCGAAAAAAGACUGCAACAGAUCAUAGCAAGGUGCACUGAUUUCACACACAAUCGACGCGGAACCGCAAAAGAAACUAUGGAAGAAUUCAUGAAUUUUCAGUUUGAAGAGAGUGCAACCUAUUUAUCUCUAGUUUCACCAUACAAAGAGGAAGAACAAACAGAAAUUCUUCGACCAAUUGGCUUCGACGGGACCGACAAUAAAACCCCUGUUGGUGGGUCCAGCGUUUCUCAAAGUUCGGACAAUCUCUCUGCUUCCUCUGUCUAUAUUGAUACGUUACCAAAUCCUGAAAAUGUGCAAGAGAAAAGAAUACCGACAAACAUUUUUGUCACCAAGGAUUUCACAGCAAAACUUGGAGACUUUGGAAUGGCCAAAGUUAUCAAAGGAACGUGCACGAAGUCGUGCGCUGGGGGAACUCGACGCUACAUGAAUCCACCACAAUUUGAGGAAAUUAACGGCAUCCGACAGCCAGCCAAAAAAGUUGAUUCUCAUAAAAACGACGUGUACGCGCUUGGACUCGUUUUGUGGGAAAUAGUCGAACGGAGAACGGUUUUCGUUGAAUUCGAUCAAGAUGAAGACUUUGAUCGAGAUGAAUUCGUGGUUAGGCUAACAAUUGGCAACACCAAAAAGUUGGAGGCACCGCACUGUCAACAAGAGCUACAAGAUGCAAUUGCAAGCUGUACACUUUUUGAUUACAACGAACGAGAGGUGGCCAGUGUUAUUCUCGCAAAGCUGACUCAAAUAGAAGCGAAGAAUUUAUUCAUAUCUGAACUGCCGUUUAUGCCGAUUGAAGAAACUUUGGAAAGGAUAAUUCACCCGAUCGAUUUCGAUGGGAGAAUGAAUAAGAGUUCAGCU